UUGUACUAUUUGCACUUCUUUCUGUUGAAAUAUCAAAAUAAAUGAGAAAGAAAAUUUUCCAGGACAGUAGAGUUUUUCCUUCAAGACUGGAUUCAAUUGUCUAUGAUGCGUCAGGAACGCUGACAUUUACUGAUGGUUAGAAGAAAAGCAUUAAAUAUUUUUUGGAAAGACGGUUUUGAAGAUAGAAUACCAGGCUGCACACAAAAUUAUACCAUUACUCAAGAAAUGCAACCAAAAUAUCACCAAGAAGCUAACAGAAGCAAUAGCUGAUCACUAGCUGGCCCAUUUGAGCUCUAACUAUGGCUGGAGCUAAGAUCACCAGAGUGAAGCGCUAUGGUUACAGAGCCAUCCUGGCGAGGCCCUGGCUGGCUCUCUAUGGGGCGCUGCUGAUGGUCGUCAUUGUCAGCAUCCUCUACUACCUCUCCUUGGAAGAUGACCCGGACAACGUGCUGGGGUUCAACGCGCGCGAGCUGAGGCUGGCGGACCGGAUCCGAGACAUGCAGGAGCAGAACACGAUGCUGCGGCACCAGCUGGCGGCGGCGCACAGCCAGCUGGUGGCCGUCCUCGACGAGCACGGACGGAAACACAACGGGACCGACGACGACCUGUUCGGACUCAGAGACGAGCCGCUGACCAAGUGUUCGGAGAUCUCUGUGGUGAUUGUGUGCGCCGGUUACAACUCGACACGCUCGGUGGUGACGCUCAUCAAGUCGCUGCUCUUCUACCGGCGCCACCCGCUGCACUUCCACUUCCUGGUGGACGACAUCUCUGAGAAGAUACUCAACCACCUGUUCCUCACGUGGGGCGUGCCGCAGGUGGAGGUGAGCAUGUACAAGAUCGACGCCCAGGUGCGCUCUGAGGUGGAGUGGGUGCCCAAUAAACACUACUCGGGAGUGUACGGACUGCUGAAACUGCUGCUCACCAAAAUACUGCCCGACUCGCUGAAAAAGGCCAUCGUGCUCGAUACGGACAUAACGUUCGCGACCGACAUCGCAGAGCUGUGGAGGAUAUUCGGACACUUCAGAGGCGAGCAGCUGUUUGCACUGGUGGAGAACCAGAGCGACUGGUACAAGGGCAGUCUGUGGACCGACCACCGGCCGUGGCCGGCCGUCGGGCGCGGCUACAACACGGGCGUGAUCCUGAUGAACCUGGAGCGGAUGCGGCAGCACAACUUCCAGCAAAAGUGGCGGCUGGUGGCCGAGAAGUACCUGGUGUCCUACUACGCCACCCAGCUGGCCGACCAGGAUGUGAUAAACGCUGUGAUAAAGAUGCACCCGUACAUGGUGUACAAGCUGCCGUGUCAGUGGAACGUGCAGCUGUCCGACCACACCCUCUCCGAGGACUGCUACUCAGAGGUCACCGACCUCAAGAUAAUUCACUGGAACUCCCCCAAGAAGCUGAAGGUGCAGAACAAGAACGCUGAGUUUUUCCGUAACCAGCACCUGACGUUCGUCGAGUACGACGGUAACCUGCUGCGCCGGCAGCUCUUCUCCUGCCCGGUCUCCUCCGAGUCGAGGUGGCGCGGCGGCCUGGCGCAGCUGGCCCAGCUCAGCGAGGACGACCCGUGCUACGACUUCCAGCGCGCGCGGCUGGUCCAGUACCGCACGCACCUCUACUUCCUGGACUUCUCUGCGGACGCGGCGCGCGGCGCGACGGUGACGCUGGUGGCGCAGCUCUCGAUGGACCGGCUGCAGAUGGUGGAGGCGCUCUGUCGCCACUGGGAGGGGCCCGUCAGUCUGGUGGUCUACAUGUCUGACGCUGAGGCGCAGGUAUUCCUUCAGUACGUCCAGCAGUCGCCCGUGCUCCGGCAGAGGGAUAAUGUGGCCUACCAUGUCGUCUACAAGGAUGGGAUGUACUACCCGGUGAACUACCUUCGUAACGUGGCUCUGCGGGAAGUGCUGACGCCUUACGUCUUCCUGGCUGACAUUGACUUCCUGCCGAUGAAGGGGCUGUAUAACGCUCUGCUGCGAACCACGGCAGAGCUGCUGGAGGACGGUGGGCGGCCCAAGGCGCUGGUGGUGCCGGCGUUCGAGACGCAGCGCUACCGGCUCACCUUCCCCGAGAGCAAGGCCGAGCUGCUGAACAUGCUGGACAUGGGAGACCUGUUCACCUUCCGCUACCACGUGUGGGCCAAGGGCCACGCGCCGACCGACUUCGGGAAGUGGCGGACCGCCACCACGCCCUACACGGUGAAGUGGGAGUCCGACUUUGAGCCUUACGUCGUCGUCCGUAAGGACCAGAUUCCCAUGUACGAUCUGCGCUUCGUCGGCUUUGGGUGGAACAAGGUGUCCCAUAUUAUGGAGCUGCACGCGCUGGGCUUCCAGUUCAUAGUGCUUCCGAACGCGUUCAUCAUUCACCUCCCGCACGCUCCAAGUCUGGACAUCGCCAAGUUCCGCACCUCUGCUCAGUACAGACAGUGCCUGAAAAUGCUGAAGGAGUCUUUCGUCCAGGAGCUGGAGAAGAAAUACGGCGGCAACUUUUCCAGCUACGUCGUCUGACCGCUGGUCCAUGACAGUCAACGAAAUAUCACUGCUCCCGAGUGUCUUGCACUGUGGAAUAGCGUUUCCUCGUCGUUUAUAGUGUGUAUUUUGAUAGCAAUUCCGGUGCGUUUGUAUCCAACAAGCGUAUGUGCUUUUAUACGAGAUUUAUUUGUUGGUAGGCAAUUAUGACAUUAUCUAGAAAUGUGUGGUCGUGUGAGGAUGAGUGUGAAAAUACUGCAACUAUCGAGUCUCCGGUUGGAUCUCAUGCGCCGUAUCGGCGAGCCUUUCCCAUUACUGCGUUAUUGUUGGUGAACUGGGAAGGGUAUAUUCACACACGGAGACCGAAUCCGACUGCGCUUGUCUGCUUGUGCAAAGAGAUUUAGCCGAAAGUGAAGAGAUUUAGCCUGUAGUAGGUGCGCUUGUCACUCACAUCGGCGGGUCAUAUCCCAAUUUGCGUGGUGUUCGGGCCAGAGUAUAUAGAUCACCGUUCGGGCCCCACUCAAACCCCCGCCAAAGCUCUGACGACUGCGUCUGACGCGUGCCGAUGUGAUUUGGUGGUCCGCCGUCUCGAAGACGGGUGGGCUGAGAACAGUCCGCGAUAGCGACGGGCGUUGUUACUAGUUGGGCGCCGCUUCGGAAGGCUCCAAGCCCAUGGAAUGCCAGUAUGUCAAGCUGUGUAAAGUUAUCACGUUGGUGUGUAUUUAUUUGCGAUAAAGUGGUAUGUUUCGGGAUGGCAGCGGAAAAUAUAGCUACGUUUAUGAACUAA